AUGCUGAGAAACUUGCGAUUGUUACGAGUCAAACCAUCAACCUCAGUUGCUUUUUAUUCAAAAGAAAAUGCAGAUAUUAAUAUUCGAGAUGAGAAGAAAAAUGAGCUAAAAGUAGGUUUCUUAAGUCUGUGAAAAUUAACAAGAAUAAAACCAUGUUCCAGGAUUUCAAUAAUAAAGUUCAAGUGAUGGAAAAAAAGAAAGUUGGAAUUUUUGGAACAAGCAAUGUUCCGAUGAACACCAACUUUCCAAAUCCAAAAGGAGUUCCUGGUUAUGAUCCUGAAUUUUCUGUGAAGGAAUUACUUGCCGAAUUGCCAAAUACAACAAAAAAGCAAUCAAAAUUGUUAGGAGGCGAAAUGCGAGAUUUAAUUAAAAGUGCUGGUGUGGAAAAAGUUGAACUUCUUGAAGAUAUUGGAUUUUUGAGGCAUAAUGAAGCAAGAGUUGAAUAUAAAUUUGAUACUAAAGAGGUGAGAUAUUCAUUAUGUUUCAAAUAAGAAAUGCAAGAUUUUUUUAACAAGGGAAGUGUAUAAGGUCCCGGAAUAAACUUUUAAUGAGACUUGGUACACAUAUAGAUUCGAACUCGCUGAUCUCGAAUUCGUUUUCAAAAAUUGCCACAAUUGCACCCAAAACGAGUUUUUCACCAUCGAAAAUGCGCCAUAUUUCUCAUUGUUUCAUAUGUCAAACAUUUGCGGGCAAGAAAAAUAACAGCGGAUGGCAGAGUGGUUAGCGAUCUCGACUUUAAAAUUUUAGGUUUCGGGAUCGGUCCCGGCCCGUGGCGAACUUUUUUUCAAAUUUUUUUAUUUUUUUUUCAAAAAAAAAUAACGAAUUGAAGAUGAUCUUUCAUAUUUAUUUUUAUAGCUUUCAUAUUUAUAGCUAUCCAAGUUACCUUCAUCCGGUGGAUCAUCUUCAAUUCGUUCCAGAAUUUCAUUGUUUUCAACUAUAAUUUCGUUGAUGUCCACACUACGCAAAACAUCAAUAAUUCCGUUAGGAACUUUUUGAAGUUCUCGCGGGAGACAUACUUUCUUGGGAUUGUACAAUUGUCAUUGAAAUUACCCAUUACGAAGUGCAAAAUUUGUUCAGAAGGUAACAUUUUGAACGAGAAUUUAAGAAACGAAAAAAAUGAUGACAAAAAAUUAUAAUUCAAAGUCGGUACGUAGACAUCUUUACAGGUUUCGAAAAAAAAAUUUUGAAAAAAAAAAAAAAAGUUCGCCACGGGCCGGGACCGAUCCCGAAACCUAAAAUUUUAAAGUCGAGAUCGCUAACCACUCUGCCAUCCGCUGUUAUUUUUCUUGCCCAGGAAAUGUUUGAGAUAUGAAACAAUGAGAAAUAUGGCGCAUUUUCGAUGGUGAAAAACUCGUUUUGGGUGCAAUUGUGGCAAUUUUUGAAAACGAAUUCGAGAUCAGCGAGUUCGAAUCUAUAUGUGUACCAAGUCUCAUUAAAAGUUUAUUCCGGGACCUUAUACACUUCCCUUGUAAGUAGAAAAUGAAACGUUUGUUGAACGUGAACUAGAAAUAAUGUAUACGUAAAAGUAUCUACCUUUUUUAAAAUAAAAUCCCAAAAGAAAAAAAAAACUCUGGUCAACUUUUUGUUGGGUCAAAAUUUGUAAAUCUGGAAAGUUUUCCAGUUUUACAAAUCCUCUUUUUUUCGAGCCAAAAUUCAUAAUUUCAGUCUAAAAUUGAUAUUACCGAACAAAAACACUCCUAUAUUAUUAUUUUUUAUCAGAAACUUGAUCUAUGGCAUCUUGGUUGUGAUAGUGAUUGGAAAGAAGGAUUCUCGAAAUGCUCUUUUGUGAAUACCCAAAAUAAAACCGGAUUAUUCAGUGGAUCAAUAUCUACUCAAAUUGUAAAAGAUGGACGUGUUGAAAGAGCUGGAUGGGCUUCGAUUAAAUUAGAAGACAGAAAAUCAUUCAAUAGGAAAAAGUUUCUGACAAAAUGGAGAAAUUUUUCACAUUUAUUUUUGAAGGUUUGUAAUUUCAAUGAAAUUUCGAAUUUUUUAUUUGACUUUGAUUUUUUUAGAUCCGCGGAGAUGGUCGAAGUUAUAAAAUAAUGCUUCAUUCGCCAUUAUCAAUGGAUUUUACAUGGGGUGAUUCAUUUUCAUAUCCUCUUCAUACACACGGUGGACCAUAUUGGCAAUAUGAAAAGAUUCCAUUUUCCAAGUUCUUUCACACGGUUGCAGGAAGAAUUCAAGAUCGACAAUAUCGAGUGAAUUUAGAAGAUUGCAGGUACUUCAUUCUUGAAUAAAUUGAUAUUCAAUUCAUAAUAUAAUUUUCUUCAGUUCAAUUGGAAUUGUUUUGAUGGAUCGAAUCGAUGGUGAUUUUUCACUUGAAAUUGAUUAUAUCGGAGUAUACAAUGAUACAACUCACAUCGAAGACUUUGCAUAUGAAACAUAUACUCUUCCAGUGUUCAAUACGCAUGGUUUCUAG